GGUCCCAAAACAGUGUUUUUCUGGGCACCUAUUAUGAAAUGGGGUUUGGUAUGUGCUGGAAUGGCUGACAUGACCAGACCAGCAGAGAAGCUCAGCACAGCACAGUCUGCAGUACUAAUGGCCACAGGCCUUAUUUGGUCAAGGUACUCUCUAGUUAUUAUUCCUAAAAACUGGAGUUUGUUUGCGGUGAACUUCUUUGUUGGCUGUGCUGGUGGCUCUCAACUCUUCCGAAUAUGGAGGUAUAAUCAGGAGCUAAAAGCAAAACAACAAGCGCAGCUGCAGCAAGCAGAUGCUUAACCCAACAGAUCAAAUCCAGCAACGCACAAAUCCUUCCCCAUGAGACCCAGCUUCACUAAUUUUAAUUUUUUUUCCUCUGAGAAAAUGAAAGAGGAAAUUUAAAUGUCUAGAGAGCAAGUGUUUUCUAAGUGCAAAUAACAAAGUGUCUUCAUACAUUUAAAUAAAGUGCAACGUUUUAAAUU